UCUAUGUCCUCCUUCACGGACACUUAUUCCCAAACACACAUUUCUUCCCGCACUCUCAUGCGCUUCCUCUUUCCCUCUGUAUUUCAUUCCUUGUUUGAGUAAUUUCAACUGCUGAUUAACAUGGCAGCUGAAUUAGAAACAGCCCAGAAAAGUUCAAGUAGUAUAGCAGAUUUUGAUCCUCAAAAGAAGCCAUCCAGGAAUAAGUAUGCCUUCGCUUGUGCUAUUUUGGCCUCCAUGACUUCCAUCUUGCUUGGUUACGAUAUUGGUGUCAUGAGCGGAGCUAUUAUAUACAUUAAGAGAGACCUCAAAAUCACGGAUGUCCAAGUGGAAAUCCUGGUAGGGAUCAUCAACCUCUACUCCCUCAUUGGAUCUUGCCUCGCCGGAAGAACCUCCGACUGGAUUGGCCGCCGUUACACCAUCGUCCUCGCCGGAGCAAUCUUCUUCGUCGGCGCUCUUCUCAUGGGCUUCUCCACAAACUAUGCCUUUCUCAUGUUCGGCCGUUUCAUUGCCGGCAUUGGCAUCGGCUACGCCCUCAUGAUCGCCCCCGUCUACACCGCUGAAGUCUCUCCCGCCUCGUCUCGCGGCUUCCUCACUUCCUUACCUGAGGUUUUCAUCAACGCUGGGAUUCUGUUUGGAUACAUUUCUAACUACGCAUUUUCAAAGCUAGCACUUCGGCUUGGCUGGCGGCUCAUGCUCGGUAUCGGCGCCAUUCCUUCGGUCUUGCUCGCAGUCGGAGUGUUAGCCAUGCCGGAGUCGCCCCGAUGGCUUGUGAUGAGGGGUCGGCUCGGCGAAGCUCGCCGAGUCCUUAACAAAACUUCAGAUUCUCUGGAAGAGGCUCAGCUGAGGCUGGCCGACAUUAAGGAAGCGGCUGGGAUCCCCGAGAGCUGCAACGACGAUAUCGUUCAGGUGAGCAAGCAAAGCAAAGGCGAGGGUGUAUGGAAAGAGAUGUUCAUUUAUCCUACACCCGCGGUCCGUCAUAUUGUAAUCGCUGCCCUCGGCAUCCACUUCUUCCAACAAGCGUCCGGCAUAGACGCCGUCGUUUUGUACAGUCCCACAAUCUUCCGAAAGGCUGGGAUAGACUCAGACACGGAAGAGCUUCUCGCAACCGUAGCCGUUGGAUUCACAAAGACAGUCUCCAUCUUGGUCGCCACGUUCUUGUUGGAUCGGGUCGGGCGACGCCCGUUGUUACUGAGCAGUGUUGCGGGUAUGGUGCUUUCACUUGUUACUCUCGCGACAUGCCUUACGAUCAUCGAUCAUUCAGAUACCAAAGUAAUGUGGGCCGUUGGAUUGAGCAUCGCCACGGUGAUAUCGUACGUGGCAACUUUCUCGAUCGGAGCCGGUCCGAUCACUUGGGUUUAUAGCACGGAGAUCUUUCCGUUGAGGCUACGCGCUCAAGGUGCGUCUAUGGGAGUCGUGGUUAAUAGAGUGACGAGUGGCGUGAUCUCAAUGACUUUUCUAUCCUUAUCGAACAGCAUAACCAUCGGUGGGGCCUUCUUUUUGUUUGGAGGAGUCGCGUUCGCCGGAUGGAUCUUCUUCUAUACUCUGCUCCCAGAAACACAGGGUAAAACCCUUGAGGAAAUGGAAGGGUCUUUUGGUAAAUUCAGCUCAAGAUCCAACAAUGCUCGAGGGGUUACUGGUGGCAAAGAUGGUAACGGCCACAUCCAACUACAAAACAAUGAUUGUACCUAGAUAUGAUGCGUGAAGUAUUUUAAUUAACUUGCAAGAGAUGCAGUGUUGCACUUUUGUAUGUCUUUCUUCUUUAGAGUAGAUGUCCUAUGUAGUAGUAAAUCUCGUAAUGGGAAAAAAAAAUCAAAUAUUUA